CUUCUCUAACUCUUGACGGGAUACCCGUGAUGGGAAUAUAUUUGAUUGAAGUUUAGAUAUGUUCUUAUAAUUGAUUGUAUCACUUGAUAGGACCUCCUGCUUAUAAAGAAUUGUUGACGCAUUCAGUAGUUGUACUUUUAAAACAUCUAGAAGAAUGAGUACUAGCAAUGGCAGAAGGAUGCAAACAAAUAUGAGAAUGAAAGACAGUCAAACAUUACCUCCAGUUCCUCAACAUGAGGAACUAAUUAAGUUCAUAUUUGAUUCGUGGAACAAAGUUUGUCAAGAGUACCAAAAAGGUAACGCUCAGGGCACACCUACUGUUGCUUAUCACACAGAGACUGAUCCUAAUCCUAUGCUCAAAGAUUUUGUUCCAUUCGACUUGGAAGCUUGGUGGGGAAAAAGGGUUGUUCAGAAUAUUACCCAAAAUUCAUAGAAUGUGAUUUGUUAUAAUUUGUAUAAUAACUUGAUCAUUUUUAUACUUAACGUUUGAUAUUCUUUGUAUUGUAUUAUAUUUGUAAACUCCUGUGUAUGUUGGCUUUUUUGGCCAUUUUGGCAUCACGUUUCAUUUUAUCUACUGUAUUAUUUUGUAUAAAGGGGUGGUAUUACCUUUUCUCAAUACUUUAUACAAUUUACUUGCUAUAUAUUCUAUUUUUAAGAGGUACACUAUUAUGCCAAACCCUGGACCAUGUUUCUUUAUUUUAUUUUUAUAUUGUUGUUUUUAUAACUUAUUACCUAAGGAUAGGCAGUUCUUUGAAUUUAAUGAGCUAUUGAAAAUGUAUUCAUUUUAAUUAGGAGGCAUGCUUUAUCCAUAUCAUUUCAGUUGAUGCCAAAUGCCUUUGUCGUACAGCAUUUGUGAUUAAUUAACGUUUAAUAUCUGUUAAUAAUUUGUACCUAUUUACCUUAUCAGUAUUUCCCAAGUAUACUAUUUUAUUUAAUCCUGUUAUCAGAUUUUAAGGAUUGAAAUUAAUAUUAAUUGACAUAAUGCCUAUGGGGCCUGUUUGUUUUGACUCCUCAUUCUUUUUACAUUCCAAAUAUUUUAAGCUUCAUUAUAUUGUGACCUAAUUUAUAUUCAUACUGUCAAUAAAGUUUUAUUUAAUUUG